CAAAAGAUGUUUUAUUAUAGGCGUCGAUGGACCUGCCUCCUGAUAAAGCUAGACUACUUAAGAAUUACGAUUUUGAAAAAAAGUGGGAUAUUAUAUGUGAUCAGGAAAUGGUUCAUGCCAAAGAUCCUCCUUCCUACUACUUAAAUAAACUACGGACAUAUCUAGAUCCAAAAGCUUCAAGGAGCCACAGGAAACGAAAAAUGGUUGGAGAUUCAACUUCUACUCAAGUUUUAAGAGAUUUGGAAAUAUCACUCAGAACCAAUCAUAUCGAAUGGGUGCGAGAGUUCCUUAGCGAAGAGAAUAACGGUUUGGAUGUUCUCAUUGACUAUUUGAGCUUUCGUUUAGGUAUGAUGCGCCAUGAACAAAGGAUAACAGAAUCUCAAACCACAUCGCAAGAAAGAUUAAACUCUGGUGGCACAUUCCAGCAACACAAUACAAGCGGGGGAGGUAGUAGCACGGGUGUUGGUGUAGGGGAUAGUGGAGGUACUAAUAGCCGACAAAAUGGAUACGCCAGGCCCGCUUUAGAUGUGUCUGACAGUCCCAGUAUAAAAAGAAGAUCGAAGCACGUGGCAAAACUAAAUAUGGGGGAGGCAAAAGAUGAUAUUCAUGUUUGUAUAAUGUGUAUGAGAGCAAUAAUGAACAACAAGUAUGGUUUUAAUAUGGUAAUUCAACACAGAGAGGCAAUAAACUGCAUUUCCUUAAGUUUGAUACACAAGAGCCUUCGAACCAAAGCACUGGUUUUAGAAUUAUUAGCAGCCAUUUGCUUGGUGAAGGGUGGUCACGAAAUAAUCCUCUCAGCUUUUGAUAACUUUAAGGAAAUAUGUCAAGAAGCACGCAGAUUUCAAACGUUAAUGGAUUUUUUUAUGAAUUUUGAUAUGUUCCACAUAGAAUUUAUGGUAGCUUGCAUGCAGUUUAUAAACAUCGUGGUCCAUUCAGUCGAGCACAUGAAUUUUCGUGUACAUCUUCAGUACGAAUUUACGGCUUUAGGUCUGGAUAAAUAUUUGGAGAGGUUACGAUUCACUGAAAGUGAAGAACUCCAAAUACAAAUUUCGGCGUACCUUGAUAACGUUUUUGACGUGGCAACUUUGCUGGAAGAUAGCGAAACAAAAACUGCCGCAUUAGAAAAAAUGGCGGAAAUGGAGUACGAGUUAAUACGGGUACAAGAUACAGCACGAAAUGAAAAUUUCGAAUAUGCGCAAAAGUGUUUAGAAAUGGAGACCAAAGUUGCGAAACUAGAACAAGAAAACGAGGAUCUUCGUGAAAAUAUGAAAAUUUGGCGAGAAAAGUCGGAAAGAAUAGAUUCUAAAUUGAUUGAAUUUGAAAAAAUAACAAAUAAUGUAUCUAAAGAUAUUAUUAUUUCUGAACAGGGACAAAAUCAACCUACGAUUACAUUGUUGUCAUCAUCCUCUGCCGAUUCCUCCUCGGUGGACAAUUCGUUGCAGACCUGCAAUAAUAAAUUUCCAAGUGUUUCAGAGCUUACAUCGGCACCUAUCCCUCCUCCACCGCCUUGCCCGCCUCCUGCUCCAGUUAAACUAUUAUCAGCUCCCCUUCCACCACCUUUAGCCGGACUUAUGCAAGCUCCUGACGGUGCUAUGACAAUUAAAAGAAAGGUGCAAACAAAGUAUAAGCUACCUACUGUAAACUGGAUAGCUCUGAAGCCAAACCAAGUAAGGGGAACAAUCUUCAACGAACUCGAUGACGACAGACUAUUUAAUUACAUCGAUUUUGAUGAUUUCGAAGAAAAGUUUAAGAUAGGCCAAUCGACAGCAAUGGAAGUAAAUUGUAACGAAAUUGACGGACUCACUACAUAUCCCAGUAAAAGAUUUAAGAAGCCUGAAAAGGAAUCAUUAUUAGAGCAUACGCGGUUAAGGAAUAUCGCGAUAUCAAGAAGAAAAUUAAAUAUGCCAAUUGACAAAGUAAUAAAUUCCAUAAGCACGUUGGACCUAAAGCAGUUGUCAUUGGAUAACGUAGAGUUAUUACAGAAGAUGAUACCUUCUGAACAAGAGUGUAAAGCAUAUAGAGAUUAUGUAAUGGAAGGAAAGAGUAUUAACAAUUUGUCGGAAGAAGACAAGUUUCUUAUGCAGUUGACCAAAGUGGAAAGAAUUUCUAUUAAACUGUCCAUUAUGAAUUAUAUUGGUAACUUUUACGACAAUCUUCAUUUAAUUAUGCCGCAAGUGAGCGCUGUAAUUUCUGCCUGCAAUUCAGUCAAAAACUCGAGAAAACUAAAGGGCGUGCUCGAAGUAGUAUUAGCUUUCGGAAAUUAUUUAAACAGCAGCAAGAGGGGCCCAACUUACGGUUUCAAACUACAGAGUUUGGAUACAUUGCAGGAUACUAAAUCAUCUGAUAAAAGAAUGUCCCUUCUUCAUUACAUUGUAGCCGCAAUACGUGACAAAUUUCCUGAACUUCUUAACUUCGAUUCCGAGUUGUUAUGUAUUGAAAAAGCAGCCACAGUUUCUUUGGAAAAUAUCACAACCGAUGUACAAGAACUGGAAAAGGGUAUGGAUAUGGUAAGAAAGGAAGCCGAUGGUCGCGGUAGAACCACACAGAAUUUAGUGAUUCGGGAUUUUCUUUCCAAUUCUGAAGAGAAGUUGAGAAAACUAAAGAACGAUGCCAAGACUGCCAACGAUAUUUUUAAAGAAAUGGCAGAAUAUUUCGCCGAGUCGCCGAGAGCGACCGAUGCUAAUACUUUCUUUUCACUUCUCGUCAGAUUUACCAAAGCCUUCAAGAAUGCCGAUUUUGAUAACGAAAACAGGCGGAGAUUAGAACAGACUACUAACAACAGUGAGAGCGUUCAAAAACUGAACAAAUAUAACGAAAAAAAACAGCACGAGGCCGUCAUAAACGAACUUAAGCAUAGAACUAAAAUGGUUCAUGAAAAGAAGUUAUUACAGCAAGAUGAAGUAUAUAAUGGUGCUUUAGAAGACAUACUUUUAGGUUUAAAGAGCGAGCCGUAUCGUAGGGCGGAUGCAGUUCGAAGAAGUCAGAGAAGACGUAUCGAUAAUAACAGAUUAUCAAAAACAAUGGAGGAGAUGGAGUUUUAAUUUUUGAUUACAGAAUGAGCUAAUGAUUUAGUUAAAUUUUUAUUUAUUCAGUUCAUAAAAAGGUUAAUUAGAUUACUGUCAUUUGUUUUUAAGUACUACAAACGCUCACUAUGAAAUUGAUUUUUUCGUUCCUAAAAUAUCGAAGUGCUCUUAAUGGUUUUUAAAGAAAUGUAGGUUUUUUUGUUUUCA